AUGGCGAGCGUCCAGUCCGCCCUGCCCGUGGCGCAAGCGGCCCCGAGUACGCAUCCUUACACAUGCAACUCUUGCCAGGUCGCCUACCGCAAUAUCGAUCUCCAAAAGACUCACAUGAAGAGCGACUGGCACCGAUACAACCUGAAGCGACGAGUUGCCUCUCUGCCUCCCAUCACCGCUGAAGUCUUCACCGAAAAAGUCCUUCAGGCUCGUGCUGAGACCUCUGCCGAAGCUGACAAGGCCCUGUUUGAACGUGCCUGCGAGCCAUGCGGCAAGACGUACUACAGCGAAAACGCCUACCGAAAUCACCUGCUGAGCCAGAAGCACAAGCAAAACGAGGCCAACCCAACCAAGAAGCACGAUGACGAAACAACCUCUGUCAUUAGCUCGACAUUUUCUCUCGGAGAGCCUGCUCCUGAUGCUGACGAGGAUGUGGACUCUGACGCAGAGCAUGAGUUCAACAAGGUGAUUGCAGGUCUGCAAAAAGCAAAGGUUUCUGAGCAACGACCAUCGCCUGUAAAGAGACCCCUUAACCCCCACACUGCUCCUGAGAGCGAAACCAUCACCGGCACCGACUCUUCUUCUACUCCCGUACAGUCAACUGAUCGAGUAUGGACUCUGAACACAUGCGUAAUCUGCAACCACGAGUCUUCAUCGCCUGAAUUAAAUGCUACUCACAUGGAACGCUCACACGGAAUGUUUAUUCCCGAACGGCCAUAUCUGGUGGACUUGGAGGGCCUCAUCGAGUACUUGCAGAAGAGGGUUGGCGAGGACCACGAGUGUCUCAGCUGCGGCAAGUUCAAGAGCAACAUCUUUGCUGUGCAGACACACAUGAGAGACAAGGGCCACUGCAAGAUUCCCUACUCUACGGAAUACGAUCAACUCGCUAUUGGUGACUACUACGACUUCAGGAGCACCUAUUCAGAUGGAGAGGAUGAUGAUGAGUCAGAAACAACUGAAGAUGGUAAUGGUGGAGCCAAGCUUGGCGCCCGCCGGGAGGCCAAGGCCACCGGUCCUGACGGUGAAGAGCUGGAAGACGACGAUGACGCAGAUGGAUGGGAGACUGACAGCUCAGGCUCCGAUCUGGACGAGGAUGAAUCCGCAGACGGCCCCACUCACAAGCGGUCAACCAAAGCGCAUAAGCAUACUUCCCCAGCCUACUAUGACGAGUACGAGCUUCAUCUGCCGUCAGGUAAAGCCGUGGGCCACCGUUCACUGAACAAGUACUACCGCCAGAACCUAUACAACCACCCAUCAGAGGCGGAGCGAGCAGAGCAGCUGCUCAUUGAGGCGGCGCGGAACGAGGACGGAGUCGAGCCCAACAGCGAGAACCAGGUCGCCGUCAUCAAGAACCGAAGACGUGAGAUGGCGCCUCGCGGUGCUAUUGGCAUGGCUGGCGUUUCGGAUGAGAAGAAGCGCGUGGCCCGCAAGGAUGAGCAGCGCAACCGAGACCUGAACAUGUACCGGGCGAGGAAGACGGAGUACGCAUAUGGCAAGAAGUUGAACAACCAGAAGCACUUUUACUACCGCGACAUGAACGGUGGUUAG